UAGCUGGGAACAAUUAAAAAAAAAGGUCUAAUUAAGCAAAUUACAGGUUCAAAACAUUCAUCUGUGUGUAAUAAGACUCGCACCUGGGAGCCAUCGCAGAUGUCUCAGAUUGACGAGGCGGGUUGAACCUGCAAAACACGGUACAUGCCCGAAAUUAAACCGGAGAGCGUUGCCACACUUUGACCUCACCAACAUGUCGGCGGGCAAGGCAUCGACAGAAACCGGUUGCUAGGUUACCUCCGCUUUCACCCCCUUACGUCGUAUUCCGCUGACCGGUGCCGCACAAUUGCAGAUUCACCAUGGCGGCGGUGCUGAAAGAGACUGCGGGGAUGUACGAGCAACUGAAAUCGGAGUGGAACAGAAAAAGCCCAAAUUUAAACAAAUGUGGCGAGAUUCUAGCAAAACUCAAGAUCUCUCUCUUGGAACUCAACUUCCUUCCAACCACAGGGACCAAGCUGAGCAAGCAGCAGCUCAUUCUUGCCCGUGAUAUUCUGGAGAUCGGUGCUCAGUGGAGUAUUCUGAAGAAGCUCAUCCCCUCCUUCGAGAGGUACAUGGCUCAGCUCAUGUGCUACUACUUUGACUACAAGGAUGAGCUCCCAGACUCGGCCUAUAAGCACCAGCUGCUGGGUCUGAACCUGCUGUUCCUGCUGUCUCAGAACCGCGUGGCCGAGUUCCACACAGAGCUGGAGCGGCUCAGCGCCAAGGACAUCCAGAGCAACGUGUACAUCAAGCACCCCGUGUCCCUGGAGCAGUACCUCAUGGAGGGAAGCUAUAACAAAGUGUUCCUGGCCAAGGGGAAUAUCCCAGCGGAGAGCUACACCUUCUUCAUAGACAUCCUGCUGGACACCAUCCGGGAUGAGAUCGCCGGCUGCAUUGAGAAGGCCUAUGAGAAAAUCCUCUUCAGUGAAGCCACCAGAGUCCUGUUUUUCAGCUCCCCCAAGAAGAUGACUGACUACGCCAAGAAGUGUGGCGGACUUGAAGAUGAAACCAGAGGCAACUCUCUCAAGCAACCCAGCGCAAUUUGGGGCAUUUUUUCCAGAAAGAUUCUUUGGGUCCCUUUUCUGGAGUUUCAUUUCUAGAUAUCUGUUUUUUUUUUUUUUUUUUAAAGAUCUUUUUCACUGCUGUCUGCAAAACGUCAGAGGCCUGUCUGACGGCCCCACAUUAUACAUUACAAUAAAUAAAUACACCUGCCUGCUUUUUUCUUUUUUUUUUAAGAGAGAGUUUUGCAUUAAGAAUUUGUCUAUCUUUGUCAAGGAACCAAUUGCUGUAAUAUAUAACUAAUGAAUAAUAAAAACAUUUUAAAAGACAAAAAAA